AUGUCGCUCAAAAGGGGUCCCGAUGAUAACAAGAGUUCAGAUGAUAAGCGUAGAAAGCCUCCUCCUUUUUGUAGUGUGGUGCGGGAGGUGAUGAAGUUACAAUCAGUUAGGAAUUUGAUGGAGCCGAUUCUAGAGCCCUUGGUUCGUCGAGUGGUUAAGGAGGAAGUUGAAUUGGCAAUAAAGAAACAUUUGAACAACUUGAAACAAACCUGUGGAAAGGAGUUGAAUACUCAAGAAUCAAGAACUUUGCAGCUGCAGUUUGAAAACAGCAUUUCUCUCCCUGUCUUUACAGGAGCUCGAAUUGAAGGAGAGGACGGAUCGAACUUAAGGAUACGUUUAGUUGAUUCCUUAACAGGGAAGGUUGUUUGUACAGGACCUGAAUCGUCAGCUAAGGUGGAAAUUGUAGUCCUUGAAGGUGAUUUUGAAGAAGAAAGUGACAUUUGGAUGCCGGAAGAUUUCAAGAACAAUAUUGUGAGAGAGAGGGAGGGAAAAAAACCGCUCCUUACAGGAGAAGUGAUUUUAUAUCUUAAAGACGGGAUUUGUAUGAUGGGUGAAAUUUCAUAUACAGAUAAUUCAAGCUGGACAAGGAGCCGUCGGUUCAGGCUUGGUGCAAGAGUAGUGGACAACUUUGAGGGUAUUAGAAUAAGAGAAGCAAAGACAGAUUCGUUUAUUGUCAGGGAUCACAGAGGAGAAUUGUACAAGAAACACCACCCACCAAGUCUUUCGGAUGAAAUUUGGAGAUUGGAAAAGAUAGGCAAAGACGGAGCUUUCCACAGACGUUUGAGUCGUGAAAAGAUCCGUACCGUUAAUGAUUUUCUCACACUACUCAAUCUUGACCCAACAAAGUUGCGAGCGAUAUUGGGCACUGGGAUGUCGGCAAAGAUGUGGGAAAUAACUGUAGAGCAUGCUCGAACCUGCGUCCUUGAUACAACAAGGCAUGUGUCAUCCGCCUCAAAUUCUCAACAACCUCGUGUAGUCUUCAAUGCCGUGGGACAAGUCACAGGACUGCUCUCUGAAUGCGAAUAUAUAGCUGUAGAUAAGCUGUCUGAAACUGAAAAGGCUGAUGCUCAAAUAUCGGUUCUUUCUGCACUUAGCCAAGGCGAUUAUACCUCUUUCGAAGAUGAAGCCUCCUUAAUGGAUGGUUAUUCACACUUAACUAAUGCACAUUACUCUCCGAGAACUGAGGGAUCAAGUGCCGACAAGCUUAUGGCUUCUCAAAAGAUUGCAGGAUUCAAUUACACACAAGAAAGCGCGUCUUCUACUGAUAUCAUGCCAUCCAUUUAUUCCGUAGGUGGAAGUAGUGGCUUGGACGACUAUGGUUUGCCAAAUUUCGACAGCAUCGGCCUUAGAUACGAUCAAAAUCUUGGUUUUCCGCUCCAAGUACCCAACUCUUUGAUCUGCGACACGGAUUCAAUUGUCCAUGCUUUCACUGAUGAAGAUCAUCUACAAUUUUUUGAGGCUGAUCUUCAAUCUCAGUGUCAAAUUGAAGCAGACUUGCAGAGUGCUGUUGAUAGCUUCAUGCUGGCACCUUCUACAUCUAUGUCUAACGGAAAAGCUCGGAGACGAUGGAGAAAGGUAGUCAACGUUCUAAAAUGGUUCAUGGUGAGGAAACGACGAAACCAAUUAUACAGCUUGCCAGAGGUUAAAGAGCUGUUUGGCUUCUCUUUUGUUAUCUAA